GGCUUUGGCGAACACCGAUCACACGAAACGCACACUCACCUCGCAAAUUCUCCAAGCAAACGCUGCCGAGCCGAAAGAAGGAAAAAUGUCGAAGACGACGAGUGACAACAAGGCUAAGGCCAUCAUCGGCUACUCGGACAUCACGGACGACUCGACUAUUUGGAGGGCACUGGCCGCCGAAUUCGUUGGCACCUUUUUCCUGGUGCUUGUGGGCUGUGCCAGUGUCAGUGCGUCCUGGAGCGAAGGCUAUGCCCCGUCCAUGUCGCAGAUCGCCCUCACCUUUGGCCUCGCCGUCGCCACCAUGGUCCAGGCGAUCGGGCACGUGAGCGGAGGUCACAUCAACCCUGCCGUGACCUGUGGCAUGCUGGUCACCGGCGACAUCAGCCUUCUCAAAGCAGCCUUCUACAUCGUGGUGCAGUGCAUUGGUGCCGUAGCCGGCUCGGCUGUCCUCAAGGUUAUCACUCCUGAAGCUACUCAGAACGGACUCGGAAUCAACAACAUCUCGCCACUGAUCACCCCCCUGCAAGGAUACCUGGCCGAGGCCCUGAUCACCUUCGUCCUCGUUCUGGUUGUGCACAGCGUUUGCGACCAGCGUCGCGGAGACGUCAAGGGAUCCAUUCCCCUGGCCGUCGGUCUCACCGUCACCCUGUGCCACUUGCCAUUCAUCAACUACACCGGCUCUAGCAUGAACCCCGCCAGAACCUUUGGACCCGCUGUCGUUACCGGCUUCUGGGACAACCACUGGAUUUACUGGGCUGGCCCCAUCACCGGCGGCGUCGUCGCCGGCAUUAUGUACAAGCUGCUGUUCAAGGUGCGAAAGGGCGACGGAGAGGCCAACUCUUACGACUUUUAGACUUUCCAGCUUUACGCAUAAUAAAAGAGUGAAUACAAGCUCGCAGGGAUAGAUCUUCGUAAUUUUAAUUGCGGCUGCGUGCACUGGUCGAUCGGCUACAAUUGCUUUUAUACUAUUUUUUGCUGCCGUUCCCCACCCAGUGCAUUUUUAAUUUAUUGUACAUGUUUUAACAGUUCACACCUAACGUCUGGUCUCGCGCACCAGCAAUGCACUUUUUCCGUGUGUCUGCACUUGCAUAUUCUUGGCGUAUUGAUGCUCGUGCACGCAGUCGCAUAUGAUUAUUAUCAUAUAAUUUGUUUAUGUAGAUCUACGCAGAUUUGAAAUUAUGUUCUUAAAAUGUGCAAAGUGAGGCUGCAACGUGUAGUAAAUUGUAGUUCAGCGCCGCUAUAUGAGAAAGAAAACCUGCCAAAGCUGCAAAAUGAAUUAGAUCAACACACACUCUCAGUGCAGGCCGAAAUUUUAAAAACUUGUGUGAUUUGUGACACUUCCGUCUAGUUGUAAGGGAAAGUGAGAAGAGUGAAAGACAUUAUCACGCCACACUGUGUAAAUAUGAAAUUCGAAAUUUGUGUGCGUGUCUUUGAACCUGUGAGAGCGAAUCAAUGUGGAAGGAAUCGAGAAUCGUAUCAAAAGUGGCACCGCGCGCGUCGUUUCGGAGAGAAAAAGAGCCUGACCUUGGUGGUUUGUACCUGAGGAGAUAAUUCCCAAGCCACUCUCGUGCUGAUCUGGAGUACAUAAUAUGGUCGGUCAUUAUUACGUCACUUGACCCCCUUUUGCAUCGCCACCCCGGGGGCAUUUUAGUAACCUCCCAGUCAGUAAAAGUAAGAGACAUUUUUCAGCGCGCAAGACGAUCAGUUCGCAACGCGAUAUUCCCGACGAAAAGUGAGAUGCGCUAUAGCUGAUUGCGUUUCGAUCAAUUCCACACACGCACUUCAUUAACUUCUCGUGACGCAAGCGAAAUUUUCGUGACCGCAGAAAGUUUGUGACAAAUCAGGUCUCAUUAAACUCGUUUUCUUGUGACUCGCUCAUGUAUCAGCGCGGCUCGCGGCUGGCGCGCUCAAAAGUCAAUGACUGCGUCACACUUUAAUACUGUAACACGGUCAAUUUUCUUCUUGAUUGACACGCAAGAGAAUUUUGAAACACGUAUGAUUUGACUUUUGAUCGAUCUGAAACGUUCUGGAUAGAGUGAAUGGUUUAAUGUAAAUAGCGGUGCAGAAGAAAAGCGUGUUUCAAGCUUGGAUGUGUGAUAUUGUUAUAUAAUGCGGAACGUCCCAAAUCACUCAAAGUACAUUUCUGAUAAUUUGGAAUAUUAUUCAUCGCUGCAAACACCAAAUAGUACACUCAUCUGAUUAUCAAUAGUAGCGGAUAUGUAUUUGUUAGAAAUGCCUAUUGAAGCUCUACUUUUUAUUGUGAAAAGGAUAUUGUGAUUCACGACUGUGCGGUCGUUCCCUUCUGUUCAGACCACGUUUUCGACAAAUAUCUAUGCUAAAAAGUGGAUUUUUAUUGUAAAUUAAGUGAAUAUGUGCGGUAAUAAAUCAUCUUAAAAGCUAAAA